AUGGCCGCAGCAACUGAUUCCCAUACAAUCGUACUAGUCACGGGUGCCAACCGAGUCAUCGCUGGCGUGCGCCGCCUCGAAGACCAGACAACGCACUCAUUGUCCGAACUUCCACGGGGUGAAGACAGCAAGCUCGUCACCGUCAAAAUCGAGUCCACGUCAGAUACAGAUGCGCUUGAGGCCAUACAACUGCUUCAAAAUGAACAUGGAAUCAAGAAGCUAGAUAUCGUCGUGGCUAACGCAGGAUAUGGGACAGUAUAUGGAGAUCUGUCCCAGGUCCAGCCUAGUGAGGUUCGGGACUUGUUUGAAAUCAACACAAUCGGACCGCUUCGUCUAUUUCAGGCGGUAAGGUCACUGCUGGAGAGCGGUGACAAUCCUCGAUUCGUUCUGAUCGGUACGCCAAUUGCCAGUAUCGCAGCCAUGGAAAAGAUGCCUUUCCCAAUGUUUGCAUACGGCGCCAGCAAGGCUUCAGCCCAUUACCUCACGAGGAAAAUUCAUUGCGAGAGCCCAAAACUGACUUCCUUCGCUGUUGACCCCGGUUUCAUGCAAACCGAUAUGGGCAACACAGGGGCGCGUCACUUCGGUUAUGAGCAAGCCUUUGUCCCCGUUGACGCCGCUGCUGACUUUGUAUUUGGCGAGAUAUUGAAGGCUACACGGGAGCAGACCUCGGGGAAAUUUCCGUCCAUCGAUGAGGAUCGAGGUUUUAUUGAAUGGUAA